AUGGAGUUGGUGACGGGGGCGACGAGCAGCCUGCUCCCGAAGCUGGGUGCGCUGCUGCAAGAUGAGUACCAGCUGCAAGACAAAGUGAGGAAGGACGUCGAGUCUCUGCAAAGCGAGCUCGUCUUCAUGAGCACCAUCCUCCGCAUGGUGGCGCAGGUGCCACCGGACCAACUCCAUGAGCACGUCUGGAUCUGGUAUGUCUUCCUCAAGGAUAUCUCCUACGACAUGGAGGACGUCAUGAUCACCUUCGCGGCGCGCGUGCACCGCGCCCCACAUCUGGACAGCCUCAUCACGAAGGCCUUCAACAUGCUCUGCAUGGGGAGAGCUCAUCAUCAAAUCGCUAACAUGGUUGAGGAGGUCAGGAGCCUUAUCAAGGAGGUGGCCGAUAUGCGUAGUAGGUACCAGCUUGACAACAUCGUCACCAAGCCCGCCACACUCAGACUAGUUGUUCCCACGCCAUGGUACGACAUAUUUGUCAGCUAUUCCGAGGAGAUAACCCGCCGGCACAGUGGCAUCAAGUAUGCAUACCCCGUGGGAAUAGAAGAGGACAUGAAGCAGGUACUUCACAACUGGAUCAUCCCCAGCGACAGCGACGGCCACACCACACUACUGUCCAUUGUUGGACCUGCUGGCGUUGGAAAAACAACCAUUGCAAUGGCGCUCUACCAGAACUACGGGGAUUACUUUCAGCCCCGAGCGAUGGUCAACAUGUCUCGAGACUCUCAAGACCUCAAGAAGGUCCUCGUGGAUAUACUGAACCAACUCAAGCCGCAGGAGCUGCAAGGCCACGAUGGCGAUAUGGAUCAUAUAAAAGCUGAGCUGCAUUAG